UGAAAAAAUAUCCUAGCCACAAGCAUAGGCAAGAGAACCAAACGAGAUGGAGAUGAUGAUGAUGAGCUGUGUUUCGUUUCCCUCAUCUUCUUCUUCUUCAAUCCCAAUCACAAGACCUUCCUCUGUUAACAACCUCGCUUUCUCUUCUUCAUUUCGUUCCAUUGCAAGCGUAGCACCACCCAUCACCACCACUCCACGACGGAGAAACAAAGGUACUGCUCUCACUUGCAACGCCUUGUUUGGCCUCGGCGUUCCCGAACUCGUCGUCAUCGCCGGCGUCGCCGCCAUCGUUUUUGGACCCAAGAAGUUGCCUGAAGUCGGUCGCAGCAUCGGCAAAACUCUCAAGAGCUUCCAACAGGCAGCAAAGGAAUUUGAGACCGAGCUUAAAAAGGAACCUGAUUCCAUUGGAGGGCAAUCUGAGGAACCUCUUGCUGUGAGCGAACAGGAGAAGCAAGAAACUGAGGUGUCUAGUUCUAAGGAGAGCGUAUGAGAUUUGUAGAACUUAUGUUAUGAGUAGGUAUCAAAUUUUCACCCUGACAUUAUGCAUUUAAAGGAAACCACUUUUCCAUAAGUAAGAUAUGUUAAUUUAGUA